CCCAUAGCUCGCAUCGAUGGAAAUGACACCUUCAUAAGCGACCAGCGAUGCGCCGACGUCGCGCUGGCGAGCGAUCGCGCUGCUCGUGCGUGCGGACGAGCUUGGUGUUCAUUGCAGGCAUUGUGAUUGGCUGGCUGCCCGCCCACUGGCAUUUAAAUGCGCAUUGGUCCGCACAAGAGCUGCCGCAUUGGUCCACCGACGCAACGGCGCCAGCGGUCGCUUCGACGCCUACGCAAGUGAACGCUGGCGCCGUGACCGUGAUCGGACCGCGCAAUAACGCGGCGGUCGUCGCAGCGCAACUGGCCCUGGUCGCGAGCAAACUUCCAUCCACGUGGGGCGGCGUCGACGUCUACUAUCGGCCGCAGGAAAAACACACGACCGCCGUGGGUCGCAUAGUGCACGCCAUCGACGGCCUCCGCGGCGUCGACGCCGCGCCGUUAUCAUCAAGCAUCGCGGGCCUCUCGCAGCGGGCACUCCUGUUGAGUGCGGACUUCUGGCGCAAUAUCCGAUUUGACCGCGUAUUAUGGUUCGAACCCGGCACCACGGUACUAUGCGCGUCGGCGGCCUUGCCGCUGGAUGCCCCGGCCUUCGCUCCGUACGACUGGGUCGGUGCGCCCUGGAAGUGGGCCAAGCCGGGUACGCCGCACUCCAAAGGCGGCAACGGCGCGCUGUCGCUGCGCAACCGGGCCGCGCUCGUGGCGCUAUUCGACGGAGGCUUCGUGCCCCCUACUAAGGGCAACGAGGACAUGCUGUUCGUGCGCGCACUUGGCGGGACGAACGCGCGUCUCGCCCCCAAAGACGUGUCUCGGCGAUUCGCGGUCGAGGAGACCUACGAUAUAGGAGAGACGCCCGUCGGCGUCUACCAUUUGAUGCGGACGAUGCCCCACGCGAACCGGACGCGGCUGCUGGACGCGUGCCCCGAGGCGAAGUUAUUGUUCAAGGCUCUCCAUGACCCGCGCUGCAAAGUUGCCUGCCCGCGGGACCCGGACUUACUGAGCGGGCCGCUCCGCGACUGGACCGCGCGGUGCACGGGCGCCGGCGAGGACGCCGGCUGCGAGCUCGUGUCUUAA